UGCUCUUCCCUUUCGGUUGACCUGCUCUAUGAGUGAAUGUUACAUAAACUACCCUAUGGCUAUCCCCCCUUAUGAUUCAAAUAGAAACAAUUUCUCUGUGACUGCGGUCCGUGCUUCACUCUACUCUAUUCGAUCGACUCUGUCUCUCCCUAUUCCAGACUCCUGGUCUCGGCAUACAUAAUCUGCCCGCCCGCCCCGAACCAAGCCAAUCCAGCGUUACUCACAGUCUCUUUCCUUUCUUUUUCACCGAACCACAACAUCUGUUCACUAUCUUUCGUUCUUUAUCUACCAACCUACAACAAUGAGCGCCCAAGUCGAAGAACAGCCCGUCGUUGCUGCCCCUGUUGUUUUUGAGGAGCCUGUGGCCCCUGUCGAGGAGGUUGUUGCCGUCGUUGAGGAGCCAGUCGUUCCCAUCGCCCUCCCAGAGUCUACCGAUGCUGCUCCCGUCGUCGAGCCCGCUACCGAGGCUCAGGCCGAGGCUGUCGAGCCAUUGAAUGCGGAGGCUGUUGCCCCUGUGGUUGCCAAGGAGGCCGCGCCGGUCGCGGCUUCUGAGGAGGUUGUUGACCCUACGGAGGCUAUGGCUGGUGAGACCAUCGAGAUGGCCGGCGGCUGGGUUUCCUACAAGACCUCUGGAUUCAUCCCUCACAUGAACAAGCGUUGGUUCUACUUCCGCGACGAGGCGUACCCUCUCGGCGACCUCAACCGUUACCUCCGCAAGAACGAGAAGAAGACUUCCAUCCUUUUCGACCCCAAGCACCAGCACGGCAAGACCGGCUCCGACGAGCUCAAGUCUACUGUCAUGCCGCAGGACCCCAACAAGCAUGUCUACGACAACUUGGCCCACGCCGCCGUCACUGGUAAAGGUCUUUUGUUCUGGAGCAAAAUCAAGUCCGACACCUCCUCUCCCAGCGGUAUCAUCAACCUUGCUGACAUCAGCGAGGUCCACCACGAGGGUCUCACGACCGACCGUUUGGUCUUGAAGCUCGCUUACGAGAAGGAGUACCAUUUGCAGGUUGCCAUCCCCGCCGAGCGUCACUCUUGGAUCGAGACCAUCAAGAAGAAGGUCGGAGAGGCCAAGGCUGCCCGUGAUGAGGUUCAGGCUUCCUUCAUCUACAAGCAGGUCUUGUCCAAGCUUGAGAACCACACUGCGUUCAAGCCUGCUGCCAACCCUGCCGCUCCCUCUGGUGCCGAGGAGGUCUUCAGCGAUGACGAGGAGGAGGCUCCCGAUGCGCCUGCCAUCGACGCCAUCGCAGCUCCUGCCGCUACCGAGGCUGCUCCUUCCUCUCCCGAGGACAAGAAGAAGUUGAAGCGUGGAUCUUCCAUCCUCGAGAAGCUUCCCUUCAUGCACCACAAGCAUCACGAGGAGAAGAAGGAGGUUGCCGAGACUGAGCAGCCCGCCACUGUUGCUGAAGAGACCGAGAUUGCUCCUGUUGACGCCGCCGAGGCUGUUGAGACUCCCGCUACCGAGGAGCCCGUCGCUGUCCGCUCUGUUGAGCCCACCGCUGAGGUCGCCGCCGAGGCUGCUGCUGUUGAGGAGCCUGUCGUUGAGGCUCGUCCUACUGUGAAGGAGGGGCGUCGUCAGUCUUUCUUCGGUAAGAUGUUCAACAAGAAGGAGAAGCCCGAGGCCGCCCCUGUCGCUGAGGUUGCCCCUGUUGAGGAGGCUGUUGCUCCAGUUGAGGGGCCCGCCCUGGAGGCCGUCAUUGUUGCUGAGCAGACCACCAUUGUCGCCGCUACCACCGAGCCCGUUGCCGAGGCUGCCCCGGUGGCUGCUGAGCCUGUUACUGAGGAGAAGAUCGUUGCUCCUACCCCCAAGAGGUCCAAGUCUCCCUUCCGCUUCUUCAAGCGUGUUCUCUCCCCCAGCAAGCACCAGGACGCCGAGCCUGAGGCCGCUAUCACCGAGGUCGUCGCCAUCGAGCAAACUAUCAUAGUCGCUGCCCAGCAGCAGCUCCCUGAGAUCCCCGACGUCUCUUCCCCCAUCGACGUUCAGGCUCCCGCCGAGGCUUUGAUCAUUGCCGAGAGCACCACCCUCGUCGCUGCAGCUACCACUGAAGCUCCUGUCGUCCAGGAGUCCAGUGAGCCUGCUGAGUCUUCUCCUUCCAGCUCUCCCAAGAACAGGCGUCUCAGCAUGAACUUCUUCAAGCGUAACAAGUCAUCCGAGACUGCUCCUCACGUCGAGCCUAUCACCGAGGCUGUUGUCGUUGAGGAGACCAACGUGGUCGCUGCCGUCGUCCCUGCUGCUGAGGCGGCCCCCGUUGAGGCUGCUGCUCCUGAGGCCGAGGCUACCCCUACUGUUGAGGUCGCUGGUGAGCCCAAGGCUGAGGCCAAGGAGAAGAAGGAGGAGUCCGUCCUUGGAAAGGUGACUUCCCUCUUCCGUUCUGCCUCCAAGAAGGCCAAGGGUAGCAAGAAGGAGAAGCCUGUCGAGGAGCUCAAGACUGAGACUGUCAAGGAGGAGCAGGUUGCUGAGGAGACUACAGAGGCUGAGGCCGCUCCUGCUUUGCCAGUGCUCAACGAGCCUGUGGUCGAGCAAGCUACCGUCGCCGAGUUGGUUUCUCAGCUCCCCGUUGUUGAUGCCCCUGUUGAGGCCGCUGCCGUUGCGGAGGUCGUCAAGACCGCCCCCAAGGCUGUUGAGGCUACCGCAUAAAGAAUCCGAUUGGGGUUGCUGUUUUUGAUUCCUGAACGGGAUACGCUAUGGAUGUUCUUCCCUUUUUGUUUCAUUUUUCUCGACGCCUGAGCCCUC